UAGUUAUCCUUUCAGGCAAGCCAGGCUUGAGCUGGAAAGAUAAGCUACAGAGGUGGGGCACACAGCACAUCAGGCUUUGGACAUAAUGGCAAUGUAAUAACUGGGAGUGGACCUUCUGUUUUUUUUUAAUCUGGGAAAAGGGUUAGAAUGACAGUAAUACCUCAGAGGUUCUGGAGACAAACUGUUCUCAAAGAAGCAGGCACGACUCUGAAGUUCGGCUCUUCAGGACACACUUCUCUCUGCAAGCUCAUUCUGGUUUUCCUCAGAGUUUAAAACUGGUGAGCAGAUGAUGUGGAAGGCACUUUUCUGUGAGCUACAAUUGACCAGGGUGGCUUCAAAACACAAGCUCUGGGCUGUGUUAAUUAUUGCCUUUAACUUCAUGUCCUUCAUCACCAUCAUGUUUUAUUGGAAAAUCAGCCAAGACAUUGUGGACAAGACACAGCACCAUAAUCUGCCUGGAGAUGUUAAGUGUCCACUUCUUCCUACUCCUAUAACAAGAUGGUCCCCUCAUUCAACCAAGGAUAUAUACUUUGUGGAAACAUCAGAACGAACUAAUCCCAAUUUCCUGUUUAUGUGUUCUGUUGAAUCAGCAGCCAGGGUUCACCCGGAAUUAAAAAUUGUUGUCCUUAUGAAGGGCUUGGUCAACUAUAACAAUACCUUGCCAAAACGUUUAGGCAUAUCCUUUUUCAGCUGCUUCCCUAACCUUGAAAUCAAGCCAUUGGAUCUGAAUGAACUUUUUUCUAAUACUCCCCUGACUAGCUGGUAUUCAUUGGCCCAGCAGAGGUGGGAACCGUAUUUCUUGCCCAUUCUUUCUGAUGCCUGCCGAAUUGUCAUCAUGUGGAAAUAUGGUGGCAUCUAUUUAGAUACAGACUUCAUAGUCCUUAAGAACUUAAACAACCUCAGGAACGCACUUGGUACACAGUCCACAUAUUCACUGAAUGGAGCCUUUCUCUCAUUUGAUCCCAAACACAAGUUUAUACAACUUUGCAUGGAAGAUUUUGUGGAUAAUUACAAUCGCUGGAUCUGGGGACACCAGGGCCCCCAGCUCUUCACCCGCAUGUUUAAGAGGUGGUGUACUAUCCGUAGCCUGAAGAACAGCAGAAGCUGCAAAGGGGUCACUAUUUUCCCACGAGAAGCCUUCUAUCCCAUCCGCUGGCAGGACUGGAGAAAGUAUUAUGAAGUUAUAAGUGCUUCGGAGCUUCCUAAACUGUUUAACAACACCUAUGCUGUGCAUGUGUGGAAUAAGAAAAGUCAAGGGAAACAACUUGAGAUCACCUCUGAAACCUUACUAGCACAAUUGUAUUCCAAAUACUGUCCUUCUACGUAUAGCCUUAUGAAGACCUAUCUGUAAUGCGAGAGAGCUGUUUAUUAUUACAGAAGUCCAAAGUCAACACAGCUGUUCAGCCAUGGCAGUUGAAUGACCCAUUCCUCAUUCCCAGCAGAGGCAAGCACUCCAUAUAUCAGUUGGGUUUUCAAGACUGGUUGAAGAGAGAUCGGGGUCAUAAGGUCAGGAUAUUUUGAAAUGCAGAAUAAUUUCGUGAAAAUGAACCAAGAUUUACAAACUCUGGGACUCUUUUGCCUGGAUAUAAAAUAAGCAAAUGAAAGGAUUCUGAAAGGAGAAUGGCUACUUUAAUGGCAUUAUGUUUAACUGACUUACUGAUUUUUUUCACUCUGUUUUGAAGAGUGAUGGACAAUUCAGUAGAAAUCACAUGCUUUAAAAACAUGUUAAACAAUCACUUCCACUUCAAUUAAUGUGCCUUAUCACUAGUGAUGUCAUUAAUGUUUGUGUUUGCUUGAAUGGUUUUAUGAACAUAUCAACAAUGCUACUCUGUUACCUUUCUAAAUGAAUUUA